GCGUACUGUAGGUAACAAGGGACCCGGUCCAACGUUGCAUGCGCCCCAGGUGCACCUCAGCUCUCUUCCGCCUCUGCCCUGGCUCAUGCUGAAUGCUCUCUGAGUGGCUACUCUUCCUGUCUCCGUCCUCCUUCGGCGCCUCUCUCAUCCACUCACUCCCAGCUCCUCUCACUCACUCCACAUGGGCGCACACAUGGACAGACAGACAGACACAUGGGCGUGUAUGUGUCUGUGUGUGUGUGCUCGCCCUCUGCUCCUCCAUUGGCUCGCCUCUUCCCUCUCUUCCUCACUCUCUCUCGUCUUGGAGCGUCGUGCCCUGGACAGAGUAUCGCACGAUUAACACCACGCUUACUUGACCCGUACUCUCACCGCCAGCCAGCCUUGCCAUCGGGGGGUGGAGGAAGGCAUCCUCACUUUCUCACAACCAUACUACUAAGAAACCUUCCUCACCUCUCCCUCCCCCACCCCGAUUGCUGCUCUCUGAACCCGCGGACGGACGGACUUGACACAAUGCUGCACGCAAAAAAGAUGCGUUCCUCCUCCCCCCC